AAGACGCUGGAGACCACUGACAGGAGAGAGGAGGCAAACACAGAAGCUCGCUGCAGCUUUUACAGAUAGAAAACAAUCCAGAGAAGAAGAGGAAGAGUAUCAAAACAAAAGAAGACUGAGUUGAACUGAAGGUUUGAGGAUAAAAGCGAGAAUAGAGGGGGAGACACUUGUGGGAGGCGAGAGAUAGCCAGGCUGAGCUGACUUUCCCCCCAGAGGAGGAGUUGCAGUUGCCGGCCAGGGCAGGUCCCAGGGCUGGCAGGGCUGGCCCUACUGCUUCUCCACCUCCAUUCCUUCCUCCUCUUACUCCUCCUUCUCCUCCCUUUUACCAUCAACCAAACUGCUGUGCAGUGAUGAACUUACAGGAAAAGCCCGUGAGCAACACAGGAAUGCUUAGAAAAUCCUGCCAAAUGAACUUCUCUGCCUCAAGUGAGGGAAACUCCAGAGGUUGAGCCUUCCAUAAGAGGACCUCCCUUGCAGUAUUGACUAUCACCCUUCUGUCUUCUUAUCUUUUUUUUGUUACACUCACUGGUUGAGUGCACCGAGAGACACAAGGGAUUUUUUUAUACACCUUUUUUUCCUCCAUUUUUGCUUUUGUAAACCGGAACAGUGGCAACCUUUUCUGUAGCCCGGUGCAAGGACCAGCUCCACUCACCCAAGAUGAGCCGCUGGCUGAAAUGCACCUCCAUGCACUUUAACACAGACUGGAACAAGUAUGAUGAUCGGCUGAUGAAGGCGGUGGAGCGCAGCGAGGUGGACAAGGUCGCUGCUGUUCUCAGCAAGAAGGGCAUCAUCCCCACCAAGCUCGAUGUAGAGGGACGCUCAGCCUUUCAUUUGGCUGCAACGCGAGGACACCUGGACUGUCUCAAUCUCAUCCUGGGACACAAUGUUGAUGUCACUGCGACUGAUGCCACCGGUAAAAAUGCUCUUCACCUGGCCUCAAGAAAUGGACAUUCUCUGUGUGUGCAGAAACUCUUGCAGCACAACUGUCCAGUUGGAAAUGUGGACCUACAAGGAAGAACCGCUCUACAUGAUGCUGUCAUGGCCGGCUGCACCUCCAGCGUGAAACUUCUUUGUGACAGCGGGGCUUCUGUGAAUGCCAGUGAUUUUGAUGGCAGGACACCUCUGGUGCUAGCAACCCAGAUGUGUCAUCCACGCAUCUGUCAGCUGCUGCUGGAGCGAGGGGCUGACAUCACAACCCGUGACAAACAAAACAAGACAGCGCUUAUUCUUGGCUGCGAGUACGGCUGUAAGGAUGCGGUGGAGGUGUUGCUGAAGAGCGGCGCCGAUGUAAAGGCAGUUGACGGCUUGGGUCACGAUGCAUUUCACUACUCUCGCUUUAGCAAGAACGUGGAGCUUGUUGCGAUGGUAAAAAGUUUCCUCGACAAAGCUACCAGAGAUAAAGAGGCUGCGAAAAUGGAACAGUGGAAACGGCAGCACUCGGUGGAGAGAUCAGAGACUGAGGUGAACAGAAGGGAUCAGAUCAUACAUGACUUGGAGAGGCAGAACGAGACCCUGCAGGAAAAUCUCAGGAAGUACCAUCAGGAUCAGAGAGCCCUGGUGGAUAAAGUCAACAUGCUGCAGCAACAGCUCACACAGGAAAAGAUCACUGUAGAAGACACUCAAAAGGAGAAGGAGCAGUUGAAGGUGUUACUCAGCGCCAAAGACAGAGAGGAGGGGGCUCGAGGCCAGGAGACAGUCAAAGUCCAACUCCGCAGUACUUUGGGGGACUACUCUGGGCAGUCUGUUAUCAAAGGUAAAGAAAACGUUUUGGUCAAACAAGCCUUCAGCCUGGACUCUGAGAGGAUGCAUCAGAAUCCGGGCAUAUCCCGUUCAAUGUCCAGACCUCCAGAGAAGAGUCCACCCGCUGUAGGCUGGGACCUCUCUGGUGAACUUGACGCACUCCGACAUGAACUUGAGACGGUCAAGAGACGACAGCAGGCGGCGGAGGAGGAGACGGCACGCCUUCAGUCUGCCCUGAACCGCAAAAACCGAGAGUGCCAGGAACUGGUUCAGAGCCGAGACACCAUCCAGAAACAGGCCGACCAGCAGGUUCAAGAACUGGAGGAAGCUUUGGGGGACGUCCAGAAGAGGAUGUUGGACUCUGAGUGUAAGGUCAAACAGCUGCAAGCACAUGUCGUCGCUGUUAAGGAGCACUUAGGAGGUCAGGGGACAGAAGAACUGCGUGCUCAGCUCCAGGACAUCAAGACCAAGUAUGAAGGUGCUUCAGCUGAAGUGAGUCGUGUUCGUAACCGCCUCAAACAGAGCGAGAAGGCCUUGGAGGAGUACAAGAGCAGCGAGAACCAGCUGGCGGCGGAGGCAGAGAGGCUGAACCAGGAGCUCGCAGCGCUGACUGGAGAACGGGAUGAACUUGCAGAGACGCUGUUAGAAAUGGAGGCCCAGCUUAAGGAGGCUCAGACGAAACACGGCAACACAGUACCAGCCGAGAAGUUUGACAACAUGAAAAACCUGCUGACCAACGCCGUCGACGAGAAGGAGCGGCAGAUCGCUGAGCUGAGGGAAGACUACGAUCGUGUGCUGGAGGAGGUGGCAGAACUCCAUCGAAAACUGGACAGUCCUUCCUCGCAGGGCGCUUCGGGGACUUCGGAGGAGCAACAGAAGAUUCAGGCAGCGCUUGAAGAGCAAAACGCUUCUUUGAAAAGGAAGCUUGUCGAUGUGACCACUAGAAGCCAAGCUCUAAUUCAGGAGGUGGAGGAGAGCGAGGAGGAGAGGGAUAUUUUACGGGAGCAGCUGGAUGAGCUCAAAAGCAGGAUUGAGAUCGAUUUUGUACCCAUAAAUUUGCACGACGAAGCGCGGAGGAACAUGGUGACGGCUUUGGAGGAGCUGGAGGACAAAUUGGUGGAAGCCAGUGAACGUUACGGCAAAGCAGAGGCGCAAUUCCAGCAGCUCCAAACUGAGAGGGCCACGCUGCAGGAGGACAUCAAAACUCUCCAAAGCGCCAACGAGAGACGCCAGACUGAAACUGACAGUCUGAGGUCUCAGAACGCCGACCUGAUGAAGAAACUUGAAGUUUUGCAGAAGAGAUGUGAAGACAGAGAUAAAGAGUGUGUGCAGCUGACCACGCAGAGCCAGACUCUAAAACAGAGCCUGGAGGGAGAGUACGUUCCCAGACAGCAGCACGAGCAAGUGAAGAUGGAGCUGAACUCCACCUUAGAGAGUGUUAAAUCUGAUAUGUUGAAGUUGGAGACCAAAGGAAAAGAAAGUGGGGAAGAAUUGAAGAAUGUGAAAGAAGAAAAUGCUAAGUUGAAAGAAGAGUUGGAGAGAGUCCUGGUGGACUUGAAAAAAGACUAUAUGAGCGUUAAAGAUCACAGAGCGAUUACAGACAAGUUGAACGUUUCUGUGGUCGAGGCAGAGAACAGAGCGAACGAGGCGUCAGCGAGAUAUGUGUCGGCUCAGGAGGAGACUCAAAAGCUCACCGAAGAACUGGAGGCUCAGAAGAGAGAACUUGAUACCAUCCAGGAGGCUAUUCAGUCCAAGUUUAUCCCUCUGACAGCGGCUGAGGAGAAAGAAAACUCUCACAGUGCGCAGGUGGAGGAGUUGACAGCCAAACUAUUGGAAAUGGAGGAGAAGUACAACAAAGAAAAAUCUGCUGGAGAGAGCAACAAACUGGAGAAGGAGAAGCUAAAAGUUGAGUUUGAAUGUGUUCAACAGAGACUGGCCUCUGCUGUCGUUAGCAGUGAAAAGCACAGGAAUGUGGAAGAAGAGUUUAAAGGUAAAUUUGAGGAGUUAACGCAAAAGUUCGUCAACUUAGAGAAGCAGCACGAGGAGGCGACACUUCAGAAAGCUGAUCUUGAAAAUCAGAACACCCUCAGCAAUGCUGAGAUCCAAAAUCUCCAGGAGCGUCUGAAAUCAGAGCUGACUCGGAUAGCAACAUACGACACAGAGCUUAAAGCCCUCCAUGACGCCAUGCAGCAGGCCCAGGCCGACUGCAAGAAAGCGAGAGAGGCUCAGCAGGAGGAGGCCCAGAGGGUUUGUGCCCUACAGAAAGAAGUUCAGGAGCUCCGCGGGGAUCAGGCGUCUCUGCUGCAACAGCAGGCCAAGAGCAAAGAAGCCCUGGAGGCUGAGGUUAACAAGCUUCGAUUGGCUCUCCAUGAAGAGGAGGAGAACAGCGCCCAGAGGGCCGAAGACGUGGCCGCGCUGCAGUCUGAGCUCCUUCAGGCCACUCAGGCUCUCGAGGAUAUUCGGGACAAGGAAGACCAAAUGAACCAGCUGAAGAAGGAGAAGCAGCAGCUGGAGGAGGAGGCCGCCACCUUCAACAACAAGCUGCUGAGCUUAGAGGAGGAGAGCGAGGAGGCCCGUAGGGAGGCGACUCAGGCGAGGGAGGAGAAGAGCAGGACCCGGACGGAGAUGGAGGCCGUCCAGGAAAAGGGACGCGCCAUCGAGAGAGAAAUCAGGGAGCUGAAGGAGAGAUAUGACGAGUCGCUCAGCACCAUCGGUGAUCUGCAGAGGAGGAUUCAGAUGUCGGCGCAGCAGACUGAAGCCAAAGACAAGAAGAUCACAGAGUUGCUGACAGAUGUUGAGCGAUUGAAGCAGGCACUGAAUGGUUUGUCCCAGCUGGCGUACACCAGCAACGCGCCCAAUAAGAGACAGACGCAGCACAUCGACACACUCCAAGCCCAGAUCAAGAGCCUACAGCAACAGCUGGCUGAUGCUGAGAGGCAACACAGGGAGGUGGUUUCCAUUUAUCGAACUCAUCUCCUCAGUGCAGCACAGGGCCACAUGGAUGAGGACGUCCAGGCCGCCUUACUACAGAUCAUCCGCAUGAGACAGGAGUUUGUGUGUUAAAGCUUCCUCCAACGAAACAAAGUGCUACCUGCUGACUCAAAUUCACCAUUCUCACAUCUCCCACUGCUGAGUCCUCCUGAUGUGGCCCCUGUGGGUGCCCAGUGUGUGUGUGUUUGUCAUUUGGCAAAAUUUUCCGCUUGGAAAUCCUUUUUUUUUUUUGUAGUGGUAUGGCUGCACUUUUGUUCCCAGAUAUCUAAGGGCCUUUUCACACCGAAAAGUCAACGCCAAGGUCCACAUUUUUGUUACGCUGUAUAUAUUUGAUCUGAUUAGUUUUGGUUCCACACUGCAAUCUCGUGAGCGCACUGAAGAACUAUACAUGACACACCUACAGUGUGUCCUGUCGUCAUCACUUACGUGAGCUUCUCUCUCAUCCUCUCUGAAAAUAAUUGAAAAAAUGUCUGAGUUUUCAUGAUUUUUUUUUCCAACUCCCAUGUGCUACUGAAACCUACACUGUACGUUUACUAUAAUUUAAUGACAUUAUUGCUCAUUUCUCCUGUCGCCAAUGAAAAAGACGUGUCUGCUUUGACCGCAGCCGCCGUCUGUGUCGCUCAACCACAAACACGCUGCAGACGAGGCGCUACACCACUCUGAUCACGUGAUGAUAACCUGCAUAAACUUACCGUACUUUUUCUGAAAGUCUGAACCAUCCAAAAAAAAUGUUUUCUCACAGGAAACAAAGCGCACCGUGGUUCGGUUUGACCAAAGUUCGGCCGUUUGUGAUCCAGGAGAGAUCG